GGAAGGAAGCGCGCACAUGCCAAGUCUUCAAACAAAAGUUAAAAGAGAUAGAUCAUUUACUCAUCAGCUCAUGUAAGAGCCAAUCACGUCUCUGUCGCUCUCUCAAGUCUCUCCAGGAUCCCUUCUCUCGAUGCUCCAGUCUGCUCGCGGCCAGAGGGUUGACCUGCGACCGGGUAGAGAGAUGAAGACUCCGCAGGUCAUCCGAGAAUCGCCGGUACUCCUUCUGCAGCUGCAGCUGCUGCUGCUGCUGCUGACAGGGGUUUGCAUUGACGGGUACAAGCCUGUCAUCAUCGUGCAUGGCAUUUUGGAUGGACCGAAACAGUUCAACACGAUCGCUUUUCACAUAAACAAGACGCAUCCAGGCACCAAUGUGACAGUGAUUGACUUGUAUGAUAACUGGGCCAGUCUGGAGCCGAUGUGGAAGCAGGUCCAAGGCUUCAGGAAAGUCUUCGACAACAUUGUGCAAAAAGCUCCUGAUGGCGUCCAUCUUGUGUGCUUCUCACAAGGUGGUCUAAUUUGUCGAGCACUUCUCUCCAUGGCUCCAGACCACAACGUGCACACCUUUGUUUCGCUGUCAUCACCACAGGCCGGGCAGUAUGGAGACACCGAAUAUCUGAAGAAGGUAUUUCCUGACUGCACAAAAAAGUUAGUGUUUCAUCUUUGCUACAACAGAGUGGGACAGAAAGUGUCUAUCUGCAACUACUGGAACGACCCUCACCAUCGGCCCCGCUACCUGCAGGGCAACAGCUUUCUGGCUGUGCUUAAUGGUGACAGACCUCACAACAACAUGAAAGCAUGGAGAGAAAACUUCCUGCGUAUCAAGAAGCUUGUGCUGAUUGGAGGACCAGAUGAUGGCGUCAUCACACCAUGGCAGUCCAGCCACUUUGGAUUCUAUGACAGCGACGAAAACAUUGUAGAAAUGAGAAACCAGGAGUCUUACAAGAACGAUACGUUUGGGCUGAAGACGCUGGACGCUCGAGGCGACAUGUCAGUGUGCGUUCACUCUGGAGUGAAGCACAUUCAAUGGCACUCCAACUACACGGUGUUCAGGACCUGCAUAGAGAAGUGGCUCACAUGAAUAUGUAGAUACAAAUAUAAUUCACAAAUGCUUCCUCUUGCUUCUCUUCUGAAAAAAAAAAAAAGGCUUCCAUAGACAACCAAAAAAAAUAUGGUCUUGCAUUUUUAAUGCUUUGAAAUUCCCUCAAUAGAAACAUCCUUAAAUGGUCCUUAAUAUUGUGGGUGAUAGUCUGCACUGAGCCAUGCAUUGUGGUAAACCAUUAGUAAUGACCUUUAUUUGUCUGCAGUGUAAUGGCCAAUCAACUGCUGCCAUCUGAUGGAUGUUUAUGGUGGUUUAUGGCUGACGGUGUCUUGUAAAGGGUGAAUUCACACAUUUCACACAUCUUUUCUUUAGGAUGAAACUUUUAGGCAUGAUGGGGAGUUUCAACCCGCAGAGAUUAAUGAUAGCCUAUGUUUCUGCCUCAUGUAACUUGGUGUUAAUUGAUCCUUUAAAGAAUAUGUGAAAGGUUCUUCUGUAUUAAAGUAUUUUGUAUGAACUAA